UCGGCGCUAAAUCAACCAACCCUGCAGUGCCUUUAGCGCUGCGACUUGGCUACUCUCACUGGCCAGCCAGUCCUCUACGUCACCAUUCCAUCCUUUCCAUCCAUUCCAAAGCUCAAUUGCUCGAUUGCAUGUGUUCAUGUCCAGACCUUUGGUAUCCUCGCCUUCACGAGGCUCCUAAUUCUAAUUCUCUAAUCCGGGCAGUAUUUUCGUCGCUAGAGGUCGGUCUCAGGAAUUGGGCGACUAUGUUUAUGUCGCUUUAUCAAUGCGCACCCCCGGCUUCCCGAAGAUAUGAAAUCUCUCCAUUUUCUGGCUCGAUUUUGCGCGCGACAAAUCACUCCUAGAGCGCGACCUGGGCAUGUUCCUGCGAACCUCGGCCGAUCCUUUUCCACCUUUCGAUACGUGCUUUCUCGGUCAGCGCCACGUUCCCACUACCAAGCCAAGGGUAUUGUUCUCAAGGCUGCCGUAAAUGGUGUUCUGGGCACUGCAGCCUUCAUCAAACUUUCCGAGAAGGAUAAUGGCGGCACAGAGCAAACGGCUGAGGGGCGCAUGCUGGAGGCAUCCACUCAAGAGCUAGAAAAGACGGUCGAUGAAGACGAGACCGGAGUAUCACGAUGGGCUCAGGAAGUCGUCAUCUGUCUAGACCUCUACAUAUGGGAGCCCUUGUGCACGGGUUUUAGAUUCUUUCACUUGGUUGUCAUCUUCGUUCCCGUGAUACUGUCAGUCCCAGCAAUAUGGUUCGGGACUCGCCGGCCAGACCAGAACAACGAGAGAUCCGGCACUCUCUGGUGGUAUAACUUCCUGGUCUGGGCGAUGGAGGCUGCAGGUCCCGCGUUCAUCAAGCUUGGCCAAUGGGCUGCAUCGAGAACCGACAUCUUCCCUAUCGAAAUGUGCAAUGUCAUGUCCAAACUUCACUCCAAUGCGCCAGCGCAUUCGCUUCAUGCCACGAAACGGAUAGUCCAAUCUGCCUUUGAUGGUCGGCCAUUUAGCGACAUAUUUGAAGAAUUCCAAGAACAACCUCUUGGUGUUGGUGCUAUUGCCCAAGUAUACAAGGCCAAACUCAAGCCCGAUCUUGCCGUUCCCGGCGAUAUUGACGUACUUGACGCUCCCGCGAACAUUCGCGCCAACGUUCGUCGAAAUGUAAAUACCGUACUCAAGAGUAGCCCGCACCGCGUGCCAUCCACAUAUGUCGCCGUCAAGGUCCUUCAUCCUGGCGUUGAGCGUACUGUGGCCCGCGACCUUCGCAUCAUGCGCUUUUUCGCUUUAGCGCUCAACUUGAUACCCACCAUUGAGUGGUUGUCGCUACCCGACGAAGUUACGCAGUUUGGAGAGAUGAUGAAGCUACAGUUAGAUUUGCGCAUAGAGGCAGCCAAUCUCGCCAAGUUUCGCAAGAACUUCAAAGAGCGCUCAACAGCCUGGUUCCCAUUCCCUUACCUCGAAUUCACCACACGAGAAGUCUUGAUAGAGGAAUUCGCUCAAGGUAUUCCGCUCGCGGACUUCCUAGAGAAUGGUGGCGGCGCGUUCCAACGUGAUAUCGCCCACGAAGGUCUCGAUGCGUUCCUGCGUAUGCUGCUAAUUGACAACUUCGUACACGCUGACCUGCAUCCUGGCAACAUUAUGGUCCGAUUCUAUCAAACUCAGAAACCCCACUUCAAGCUCAAAAGCAAUGAACAAGUGAAUCCAGAGGAACAGCCCGAUGUUACUGAGGAGGUGCUCUCACGCCUACGCCCUUACCGCAAGAAGCGUGAUAAAGCAGCUUGGGAGGCCGAAUUGAACAAGAUAGACGCCGAAGGGUUCCGGCCACAAUUGAUUUUCAUCGACACUGGUCUAGUUACGGAACUGAACAACACCAACCGUCGCAACUUCUUGGAUCUCUUCAGGGCUGUCGCAGAAUUCGAUGGCUACAAGGCAGGCCAUCUAAUGUGCGAGCGCUGUCGUCAGCCAGAGGCUGUCAUCGACAAAGAAGUAUUCGCUCUGAAGAUGCAGCAUCUCGUCUUGUCAGUCAAGAGCCGGACCUUGGCCCUUGGCAACGUCAAGAUUGGGGAUAUCUUACAACAAGUCCUCGACAUGGUCCGAGGACAUCAUGUCAGACUAGAAGGCGACUUUGUCAACGUCGUCAUCAGUAUCCUACUUCUAGAGGGAAUAGGGCGAAGCCUUGACCCGGACCUCGACCUUUUGAGCAGCUCCCUACCAAUCCUCAGGCAGUUGGGCGCGCAAAGUGGAUGGUCCGUUGGUGACUAUCCAAUGGCGAUUAUAUGGGCCGGCCUUGAAGCAAGGCGUUUCAUGCAAGCCAGCAUUGAAGAUGUUGAACGAUGCGUCAAAUAUGAUUUAUUGUCACCAAAUGUAUAAUACCAUGUACAUUACACGAUAAAGAACACCUUUAUUGUCGUCUUCCAUAUAGAAGCGGAGCAGCAUUAUAGCGGAGUUAGGGCAUUUUUAGAUGGGGUAUUGGGACAGCAUCUACACCACUUCUAUAUAG